CCCCCUUCUGGACAGAGACGAGUUCCGGGUCAUCAGCAGCUGUUGGCCGGAGUACUUUCCCGACGAGGGAGCGGACGGAGCGCCUGAGAGUGAUUCCCGGCUGUUCGCCGCGGGGGCUUUUCGAGACUUCUUCCUAGCAGGGACUGGCGACGAUGGAGGCGAACACACACGGCACCCGGGCGGCUCUAGCCUGCUUGAGGGGUGUGAUCUCGAGACGUGCUCCUCCGUUCGGCUUGACUACCACCGUUUCCUGGAGGCGGUACCGAUGCCUGAUUUCGCGAAGGAACUUCAGGAGAGACCGACGAAGGUGAUAGCGUGCGUGGGGCUUGGCCUCUGCCUGGCGAGACACCACCUCUGCCCCGAGGGGUCGGUGGCAGCCGUGCGGCGGCGGGGCAAGGUAACGGCACGCUUUGAUGGAGCCCUCCCGGUGUGGGGAAUCUCGGAGCUCAAGUCCAAUGCCGUAGGGAAGUUCGUUACCGUGGUGGGCAACGUGGUGCGAGUGUCCGGCAUCUCGGCCAUGGUCCUCAAGGCCAGCUUCGCGUGCCCGAAGUGCGGCUGCGAGCAGACCAGACAGUUUGUCGACGGCAAGUUCAACCCUCCCACCUCCUGCGCGGGCGCCAACUGCAAAGCUAGGAGCUUUGAACUCUUGCGGAACACGGCGACGACGGUCGACUUCCAGAAGAUCAAACUGCAGGAGAUCGAGGACGAUACCUCGGAGGCGGGGAGGAUCCCCCGCACGGUGGAGGUGGAGCUACACGAAGACCUCGUGGACACCUGCAUACCAGGCGAUGUCGUGACGGUGUCUGGAGUGGUCAAGUCCGUCAACGCGGAGUUCGCUUCGGGGAGGGUGAACAAGCGCGCCAAGGCCAGCGGGUUGUACCUCAUCUAUCUCGAGGCCAACUCGCUGGUGAACGCCAGGCAGGACGAUGGGCCGGCAGGCGAAGACGGCAAAUCGAGCAACACGGAACGCAGUAAGGACAGCAGCGGCGGCGCCAGGAGCAAAAGCACGGCCCAUUUUACCCCGGAAGAGCUUCAGGGCAUCCUCCAGAUAGCGCACGACGACGACCCAUUUGGUCUCGUGGUGUCCUCGCUCUGCCCGUCCAUUUUCGGCCACGAGAUCGUGAAGGCUGGGCUGAUACUCGGGCUGUUCGGGGGCACGAGCAGGAACAGCGAAGUAGCCACACGGUGCGAUCCGCAUGUUCUCGUCGUCGGGGACCCUGGCCUGGGCAAGAGUCAGAUGCUCCACGCGGCCAGCCAGGCUUCCCCGCGAUCCGUGUACGUCUGCGGCAACACCACCUCCACCACGGGUCUCACGGUGACGUUGAGCAAAGAAGGCACCUCCGGGGAGGUCGGUCUUGAAGCGGGGGCGCUCGUGCUUUCAGACCAGGGCACGUGCUGCAUCGACGAGUUCGACAAGAUGGGCUGCGACCCGCACGCCCUCCUCGAGGCGAUGGAGCAGCAAAGGAUAUCCAUUGCGAAAGCUGGUCUAAUGAACGGAUUUCCGUAG